UUUUAUUUGUUAAUAUAUUUGUUUAUCCAUAAAUGUAUUUAUUUAGUGAGCUAGUUAUGUGGCUCUGUAAUUGCAGGGUGUGAAAUACUCAUCUGUGAUCUUUCAAGACUUUUAUGCUCCCCAUGCUAUCCCAGAUUGCCUCUUUAGAAAUGUAUCGUCCAGUUAGAGCUAGUCUUUCUGCGCACUGGGAAGUUGGUGAAAGGACCCUUAAACAACGUUAUAAAUCCUCAUUCCCUGGGAAAUAUCUUUUACCCAACUACUCCACAGGAAGAAGAACUGACAGAGAUGACAACAGCUUAUAUCGGCAAACAAAAAAGCAGCUGAAUACCAGUGGUGUAUGCUGAUACAAGUACAGCUGUGUGCUUCCAUGGCUGUGGGUGGAGAUACCAGGUGAGAGACAGCGUUGGCAGUGUUUGGAGGCACCAUCUGGUGGUGAGAAGUAUGACUGCGGCUGAAACAACCCUUAAAAUGCUGCUGUCACAUCCACAGGACAGAGCAUGUUCACUCACUUGAGGAAAAGGAGCAGAUGUGACAGGAUAUUCAGAAGAAUAUCAACAGUUCCCCCCCUGCUGCUUUGUACACUGUCUCUUUUCCUACUCAGGAGCUUCAGCCACUGAUGGCCGGCACUGACAUCAACAAACCUCAGGAGGAUGAGCCGAAGAAAAGGGCUUCAGGCCUGAAGAGGGCAAAGGCCUGCUUUCUCAAGGGAGUGUCCUACUUCGCUGGAGACAUGCCAGUGUUUGCAAAAUGGAUGGAGAAACAGAACAUCCUGCUGCAGUUGCUGGACUGGGUUUUGCGUGGAGCUGCCCAGGUCAUGUUUGUCAACAACCCUCUGAGUGGCAUCAUCAUUUUUGCUGGCCUCAUCCUGCAGAACUACUGGUGGGCUCUCAACGGCUUCGUGGGCACGCUCGCUGCUACAGUAUCUGCCCUUAUUCUGCAACAGAGCAGAGGUGCAAUCGCUGCAGGUCUGUACGGUUACAAUGGCAUCCUGGUGGGUCUGCUGAUGGCUGUGUUCUCCAACGCAGGAAACUGGUACUGGUGGCUCCUUCUGCCCAACAUCUUCAUGUCAAUGAUGUGUCCGAUUGUGUCCAGUGCCCUGGCAUCUAUUAACAGUCGCUGGGACCUGCCUGUGUUCACUCUACCCUUUAACAUCCUGGUGUGUCUCCACAUGGUCGCCACUGGCCACUACAACAACUACUUCCCCCAAGUCUUGAUUCAGCCUCGCUCAGAGCUGCCCAACAUCACCUGGGCUGAGAUCGAUGUGGCCAAGCUAUUCAUGUCAGUGCCUGUUGGAAUAGGACAGGUGUACGGCUGCGACAACCCUUUGACAGGAGGACUCUUUAUCAUCUCCCUCUUCAUCUCCUCCCCUAUUACAUGUGUGCAUGCCGUCCUUGGAUCAGCAGUGGGCAUGGUUUCCGGCUUAGCUCUGGCAGCUCCUUUUGGAGAUAUUUACUUCGGCCUCUGGGGAUACAACUGUGUGUUAGCAUGCAUUGCCAUUGGAGGAAUGUUUUAUGCCCUCACCUGGGAGGUGCACCUUCUGGCCAUCACAUGUGCUUUUUUCUGUGCAUACCUCGGCUCAGCCAUCGCCAACCUGAUGUCCAGGUUUGGCCUUCCAGCUUGCACAUGGCCAUUCUGUCUGUCUGCCCUCACUUUCCUCCUCUUAACCACGGGGACCAAUAGGAUUUUCAAGCUACCACUGGCCAAAGUCACCUACCCAGAGAAAAACCUGGUCUACUACUGGAAGAUGAAAAAGGAGGAGAAAAAGGAGAAGGCUGAGAAAGAGAAAAUCGAGAAGGAGGAGGAGCAGAGAGCGAUUCAGAAAGAACUGGUGCUGAAUGAGAAAGAGCAACUGAGGCUAGAGCUGGAAAGUAUAGAAAGAAAAGAGGGAGGUGAGGUAAAAAUCAAUGAGAUGUAUGUUGAAGACGAGGAAGUAGAGCACAGUGCCACUGAAAUGAAAGAUAUGGCACAAAGUGAUGAGGAUCAACAUGAUUUAGUCAAAAUAGAGAUACAGAGCAAGACUGAGACAGAGACAUAAGACAGAGAUAAGCUCUAAACACUGUAAAUGUAUUAUUUUAAAGUAUUUUUUAUAUAUUCAUUCAUUCUAUGUGUGUAUUAUACUGUACUUGGGGUACUUUACGCAGACACUUCUGAGUUCAGUUGUUGUGAAGCUACAUGGUUUUGUAUACAAUAUUGUUUUUAAAGUGAAUAUAUAUUUUUUUUAAUAAAAUAUUUUUCAGUA